GCUCUCGCUCGCGUCGUGAUCGUCGCGUGUGGAUGAGAGCAGAAUCGGAAAACAACAACAGAAACUGUAUCGAUCAGCUCCAGUACACACGGGUCUGGACCAAGAAGGUCACGGUUAGAUCGCGACGAUCUCCAGCGAACAGUGUUUGUGCAAACGUCGAGCCAGCGGGUUGGCUUUCUAACAUUGGGCUCUCUUCCCAUCUCCUUCCGCGUUGUGUUUUGUUUUGCUGCUGGCCAGUGUGAAUAGGUCGUCCGGGACUUGUACUCCCGGUUUUUGAGUUGUUCGGUUUCUUAGCGAAGUGUUUCGUUUGUUUGUUUUGUGUCGUGUGAUCGCGCUUUCGGCAGGACUUUGGUGUCGUUGUGUCUACCCCGUCGGUACUCGCGGAUAAAUGCGUGCAAUAGCAACCUUCCGGUGUACCUGAACGUUGAAGAUCUGUUAUUACUAGAAAGUAAAAUAAAGAGAAUUUAUGGUUCUGGUCCAAGAUCAUCCGCCGAAGCAAACUCUUUGUCCGUUCUGUUUGAAAUGUCAUCAAUCGAAAACUCGCCAAGUGCCAAGUGCUGUGUGAAACUGUGAAUUGCAAUAAAUUUGCGUAUGAAAAAUUCAAGUGCUUGAAAUAGAAAAACAGAUUGUGAAUGAUCAAGUGACAGCUGGUGAACAGAAAUUAAAAAAAAUAUAUGAUGGAAACCUGUGUACUGAUACCGCAGGAGUUCGCCCUGGCCGUGACGGGCUCGGGGGCGCGCAACUCCCGUGACCAAACGGCCACCGUUUGGUCCAACUCGGCGAUCUCGCAGGGAACGCUCUGCUAUCCCUUCCAGGGAACGGUCCGGAUCGACAACCUGGACGUCUACAGCUACGUGGACGAAGAUGAUAUUCGCCACCGGUUUGGACUGUACGACGAGAUCACCACCGUCAACGGGCGGAGGGUUCGCCACUGCAACUGGAUUCGGUUCCUGCGGGUGUCGGAAACGUACGGGCCCCAGGUGAACGUCGUCUGCGCCAAGGUGAAAGGUGAACCGAUUUACGAGAUUGUGAAACCGAUCCCCUCCCAUCAGGAGCUGGUGGUUUACUACCUGCCCGAAGGACCGGAAGAGCUGUUUUUCAUCCGAAUGCGAAGUCAGCUCUACCGGCAGACGAUGGAUUCGAUACUGGAAGAUUCCCCGCUAGACCUGUCCACGUCCCUGCUGUCGCGGGUAAUGCUCCCGAUCUCACCCCCGUCCGGCACGGAGGACGAGCGCAAGUCCGUGUCCGGUGAUAGUUCGAUUUCGAUUUCAUCGGGAGCGAGUACGAGCGGUGGCGAUCUGGACAGCUGUCCAAUCCAGGUGCCCCGCAGUUCCCCGAAAGCUCGACCCUCGCGAGGCGAACGGGCGAUGCUCCCCUGUGAGGUGUGUGGCAAGGCCUUCGAUCGUCCUAGUCUACUGAAGAGGCACAUGCGAACGCACACCGGUGAAAAGCCGCACGUGUGCGGAGUCUGCGGGAAGGGUUUCAGCACGUCCAGCUCGCUGAACACCCACGUGAGGAUCCACAGCGGCGAAAAGCCACACCAGUGUCAGGUGUGCGGCAAGCGGUUCACGGCCAGUUCCAAUCUAUACUACCAUCGGAUGACGCACAUUAAGGAUAAACCACACAAGUGCAGCCUCUGUUCCAAGUCCUUCCCGACGCCCGGUGAUCUCAAGUCGCACAUGUACGUCCACAACGGUUCGUGGCCGUUCAAGUGCCACAUCUGCUCGCGAGGCUUCUCCAAACAGACGAAUCUGAAAAAUCACCUCUUCCUGCAUACUGGUAAGAUCCGUGACAAACCGCACGUCUGCGAAGUGUGCAACAAAUCGUUCGCCCUGGCUUGCAAUCUGAAGGCACACAUGAAAACGCACGAGGAAGGGGCCAGCGAGGGAGGACAAUCCCAAUCGCGGGCUCCGAGCAGCACCGGGCACAGUCACAGCGAAGGCGAAGAAUCCAGCCCGCCGCUGUCGUUCGAGAAGGCCGAGGAGCGAUUGAACUUUUCCAAACAUCUGCUCUUCUCCAACUACACCAAGCAGAUGUUGUCCGGCGUUGGCUGAGGUCCGUCCCUCGCAUCGGUUCACGCUGAAAGCUCGGCACCCGUCCGUUAAGCUGCGGAUCCCCCGGAACUGCAUGCUUCCGCAUUGUUCGGAGUGGCCCGAUUUGGGGAUCGACUGUCGCGACUCCGAGUCGGGUCAGACAUGGGAAGCAUGGGGAACUGCAGCUCCUCGCUAACUUACUUAAAACAAACAAAAAAGUAUAUGAAUCUACUAGACCGCACUGAGUGUUUAUGUGUUUUGUCACGUGUCACCAUAUCAAUUCUAUGCGUAAUAUGUUUAUAAUUGCAUUGUACAUUAAUUUUCUAAUGUGUGAAAAUAGGAGCUAGGAGAUGUUCGGAACUUUUUUCGUUUCGCAUGGAAGAGGAAGAGAUUUUUGUUUCUUUCGUCGCCGUUGAAUAUAUUUAGUAGGCUAUUGGUCGCCGGACGCACUGCAUGUAAAUAGGUCGAUUCUAUGAUGUCAUAAAUUAAUACCCUAAGUUUGUGUGAUUAAUCCCCCUGUAUCAGUAUCUGAGAAGAAGAGAUUUGGAAAAUGUGAAAUAAAGUUGUACAGUAACUGUUAAAAUAAUGAA